AUGUUCUCUAGUGCCACCUUAUUCACUGAUGAACCUCGUGAACAACAUCGAGAGGAAACAACAUAUGAUAUUGGAAUCUUGGAGAAGAAGUUAAAGUUGUUGAUAAAGAAAAUCAAGGAUGAGCGAAAACAAUCGAUUAAAGAAAAAAUUAAGAGGAAUGAGGAGAAUAUACAAUGUCAGGUUUCUACUGUCAUCUCUGCAAUAUCAAGAAAGGACUCGUUACAAGCAGACAGAAAUACCAAUCAAAUGCUUUCUUCAAGAAUUAACCAACCUUUAUGUAAGCUCAAUGGUUUCUUUCAAGGUUUGGGAGAGAAAGAUGACAUCUACAUUCACAAUGUACCAUUUGUGACAACUAUCAAGAUUCCAUACAUUGAAAAAUUACCACCCUUUACAAGUUGGGUUUAUUUGGCUAGAAAUCAGAAAAUGGUGGAAGAUGAAUCAGUUAUCGGAAGAAUACAAAUAUAUUAUGAUAAAAAAGAAGGUGAGACAAAGAUAGUCAGUGACAGUGACGGUGACAAUGACGAGGAUUUACAGGAACCUGAGGAAGCUAAGCAUGACUUUUCACAGGGCGAAGACCAAUUUCUCUGGAUGGCAUUUGAGGAAAAUGGGUUAACUGAGGAUGUGUUGACUAUGGUUAGCGAGUAUGUUGGGUGUACCAUUUCAAAAAUUCAGGAUAGGUAUAAACAUCUCAAGGAAGAGAACAUGAGAAGGAUGAAUCAACAUUCUGAAUAUUUUGGAGUGACAGAAUCUAAUUUUGGCAUAUGUUUGGAGAAAAGCUUGAGUGCUUCUUUAGAUACUCUUGAUAACAUAUUCUGCCGCCAAUGCUUAGUUUAUCAUUGUCCUCUACAUGGUUGUUCUCAACCUUUAAUAUAUCCUAGUGAAAAGCAACUAUUUUGGUUUGAGCCUGAAGGUGACAAGAAACCAUGUAGUGAUCAGUGUUACCUUCAGUUCAAGGAUAUCAAUGUUUUAUUACAAGAUACUAGUCAAGAGUCUUUACAGGGUGAAAAAAGUAAAACAGUGGAAGAGGUAGAUGUGAUAUUAGAACCUUUUGGUGUAAAAGAGACUGGUGAUCAGAGUAAUAAAGCCAUCUUGCAGAAAGAAAGACACAAUUAUAUUCAUAAUGAUCUCAAAUCAGAUGUUCCUAUAUUUAAAGGUACCACAAGUGAUGAUUAUAAAAGGAACUUAAGUUUAAGUUUUGAUACUUGUAGCAUAUGUGAUGGCGAGCAUGAGAAGGGUAUUGAGAAUGGACAACAAGAUGUCACAAAGGCGAUAGAAUUUGAGCAGUUGUCCCAUUCAAUGGAGUUGCAAGUUGAUGGCAUGCUAGGGGUCGCAGACUGGAAACCUCUUGAGAAAGAAUUGUAUUUGAAGGGAGUAGAAAUCUUUGGAAGCAAUAGUUGCUUAAUAUCCCGAAACUUACUUUCUGGCUUGAAGACUUGUAUGGAAGUAACUAAGUACAUGUACGCUGGUGAAAUGUCCACGGCCAAUGGAUCCAUACUAAGUUCAAGCAUGGACAAAAAUCAAGAAAUGGAUGCAACGUGCAAGGACCAAAAGAAGCCACAAAGGUCACGGUUGCUGUGGAAAAAGAAGAAAACUAAGAAGUUUAGGCAUGCUUCAAAGUCUGGCCUCCCAUCUACGUGGACAAGAAUUAACAAGGGGAAACACCAUAUUUUUAAGCAGUAUACGCCUUGUGAGUGCCAGGGAAUGUGUGGAAAGCAAUGCCCUUGUAUUCAGGCUGGAACUUGCUGUGAAAAGUAUUGUGGAUGUUCAAAGCUCUGCAGAAAUCGAUUCAGAGGAUGUCAAUGUGCAAAGAGUCAAUGUAGAAAUCGACAUUGUCCAUGCUUUGCUGCAAACCGGGAAUGUGACCCAGAUGUCUGUCGAAAUUGUUGGAUUAGUUGUGGCGAUGGUUCAUUAGGGGAGCCACCUCGACGUGAAGAUGGUCAGUGUGGAAAUAUGUUGCUUCUUUUAAGGCAACGUCAAAGGAUUCUAUUGGGAAAAUCUGAUAUUGCAGGAUGGGGAGCCUUUUUAAAGCACCCCGUGAACAAAAAUGAUUUCCUAGGAGAGUACACAGGUGAAUUGGUGUCUGAUACAGAAGCAGAUGAGCGUGGGAAAGUAUAUUAUAAAAUAAACACCUCUUACAUUUUCAACUUGAAUGACCAGUACGCUCUCGAUGCUUACCGCAAAGGAAACAAGUUGAAAUUCGCAAACCACUCUUCAAAACCCAAUUGUUAUGCUAAGGUGCUUCUUGUUGCCGGGGAUUAUCGUGUAGGCAUAUUUGCAAAGGAACGUAUUGAAGCUGGUGAAGAGAUUUUCUAUGAUUAUCACUACGAACCAGAUCUUUCACCAGCUUGGGCUCUUAAAGACAAGGGUUCAAGUUCAAGUAGAGGCGAAUCAAAAGUUUCUCGAGGAAGGGCAAAGAAACACCCUUCUUAUUGAAGAACCACAUAGCCAAGGUUCAGGGUUUGGGAUUUACAUUAUCUUUAGUGAAACUAAAUUUAUGACAUUCUAUCAUAAAUACCCUGGAAGAACCUUCAUGAGGAUAAAAGUAACAUAUACUAUUCUGCAUAAAGUUGUAGAAAUAAUAAAAAAAUAAAAAGGAAAUAGGUUAAGCAUUUCCUUAUUGAGGACAAAAUUUCCUUGAAUUUGUUAACUAGAGUACAGAAGUUUGUUGAACAUGUUCGUGGCAUGUUUAUUAUUUUUGUUUAUACUUCUUCCAGUA